AUGGACGGCGACGUCGACGAAACCGUUGGCGAAAAGGGUAACAGUGGCGGGGGCAAUCGUCAGCGACAGCAGCAGCAGCAGCAGCAGCAGCAGCAGCAGCAGCAGUUGCUGUGGCCGCCGCAGGCGCAGCCGCAUCAGACGCUGCUUCCGCAGAUGGUGCUUCCCGCAAGACUAGACUCAGCGGGUAACGCGGCGGGAGAGGCGGGCGGGGCAACCACUUUCAACCCGCUCCCCUUCCGGGACCUAACCCUCCCCGCAUACUCCCUCAUCUCCUCCCCGCACUCCCCCUCGCGCUCCCCCCCGCGCUCCCCGCCGCGCGGGAUUUCCCCGGGUUCCGCGGAACCCAUGUCCGCGGACGCCUUCUCCGCCGCGCCGUUCGGCUCCCCCUACCACUCUUCCGCCUCUGUCAGCGCAACCUUCCCCGCGAGCUCCCCCGCGUCUCCGUUCCCCGCGCCGUCGUGCGCGGGCUCGUGCUUCUUCCCCGCGGCGGGGGCUCCUCCUCCCCCACGGCCUCCGCUUCCCGCUCCGCUUCCGCCUACGCUUCCGCUUCCGCCGCCGCGGCAGGUGGACUGCCGGCGCAUGAACCCGCCUCUGGGGCGGUUGAUUUCGCGCCUGUGCGGGUUCCAGUCGGGGAUAAUGCAGCGCCGCCAGCACGUGUUCGUGAUGCACCACGGGGAGCGCGCGGACGCCGCCGACCCCCUGUGGGCGCGGAGAGAGGGCGCGGAGCGCGCGUGGGACCCGCCCCUGUCGGAAUGGGGGAAAUACCAGGCUUAUGAGGUGGGCAUGAGGCUGAGGCAGGAGGGGUGGGGAGUCACGCGCAUCGUGUGUGCGCCGUACCUCCGCUGCCUGGAAACCGCCCUCGAGCUGCUGCUCGCUCUCACUGACGCACAACCCCUUCCUCCUCCCUCCUCCUCUGCGCCCACUGCUGCUGCUCCUGCUGGUGCUCCCGCCGCUGCUGGCCCUGCUGCUGGUGCUGCUGAUGCUGCUGAUUCUGCUGGUGGUGCUGGUGGCAGCACUGGUGGCAGCUUUGGCACCAGCAGCAGCAUGGUACCGGGGGGUAGUAGCUUCCUCUCCUCCUUCUUCUCCUCGCGCUUCCGCCGCAGCAAACUCGGUGGUCGCCCUGCUGCUACUGCUACUGCUGCUGCUGCUGCUGCUGCUGCUGCUGCGGCUGGCAGUGCUGCCAGUGGUGCCAGUGGUGGUAGUGGUGCUGCCAGUGGUGGUGCUGGUAGCAGUGUAUCUAGCAUUCCUCCCAUCUCUUCUCCCCUCCCUCUUCCCUUUCUUCUCCUCCUUUCCUCGCUGCCUUCACAUACCCCUCUCCCUCCCACCUUCCGUUACCCUCCCCCAACCCCCGCCUUCCCUUUACCCUCUUCUCCGUUGCCUUCCAAUACCCUCCCCCCUUUACACUUCCCGCAGCAAUCAUCCCUCACGCCUCAGCCGAGCCUGGCCCUCCCCCCGGACCGCAAGCGCAAGUUCGGCAUGUGGGACGGGGCAUGGCAGGGCGCGGGAGGCGUGGGGGGGGAGGUGAGAGUAGCAGUUCACUACGGGCUGCAUGAGGUGGUCCGGCAGGGGGAGGGAGGGGCAGAGGCUGGCAACUCUGGUAAUAGCAAUUCUGCUGCCUCGCUGGCACCUCGCGAUUGGCUGGAAGGCAUGUUCCCGCCGGGCGCAGUGGACAGGAUUCUGCCAGUUGUCGCUGGGUCGGCAGCUGCUGCUGCUGACGUGGCACUGCCAGGCUGGCCUGAGGACGUGGAGGAGGCAGCGUUGCGGCUGCUGCGGUCAAUUGACCACGUGGCAGAGCAGGUGGGCAGAGGGAGGGGACAGGUGGGCAAAAGGAGGGGGGAGGGGGGCGGGGCAAAGUGGGAGGGGAACAAAGUGGGGCAGGGAGGUGGCCGGUAG